UAUAGACAUACAUGACAUCCAAUUUCCCACUGUGCUUCGGGCGAAUAGAAGUAGAUAUAGAAGGUCCCAUCCGGCAAACGAGAGCUGGUUAAAUUGUUUGAUCAGUUCAAAUUAAAACUUUCUCCUGUGCAGACGUGCUAGGACCAUCUGACUGUUUUCCAGUGUUCGAUUGAACCAGUGUGAAUGGUGUAAAAUAAGGAAACACUUGCAAUCACCCUUUCCAUUGUGCCACAAUCGGAUGCUGACGACGCGUGGGAGCCCAAACCGCGGCAGCGCCAAAAUGGAAGAAGUCAAUGAAAAGUUGAAGAAUUUUUUCAUUACAUCGAGUACAAGUGGCGUCGAGUUGAACUGUUUGGCCUCGUUCCGUCGGCACCGGCAGGAGCUGCAGCGCAAUUAUCUCCACUACGGGACGGGAAAGUAUCAGCUCAUCCUCGCAUUCCUAAUUUGUACGAUCGGAAAACAUUAUUUCAGCGAGCUGUUUGCAAAUGAAGAUUGCAUCCUUGGAAUGCCACAACAGCUGCAGAAAGCAUUCCGACCACCGGAAAUUUGUAACUUUUGCCGGGAAGUCCGAGAUGUGCCGCGGCUUGCCAACGUGGACCCGAACGAGUUCGAGCGAAACUAUGCUUACGCUGGAGGUCCGGUGAUUGUAACGGACGCAACCGCAAACUGGACGGCCACGGAAUACUUCGAUUAUUGGUUCUUCAAAGAUAUCUACGCAACAUAUGGCAAGCGAAAGAAGGCAGCCAGAUGCCAGUUUUUCCCCUACCAAACGGGUUUUCGCAACAUCCACGAGGCGUUCGAUUUGGACCCAGCGCGUGUGAACUACGAGCCCGGUACUGAGCCGUGGUACUUUGGGUGGAGUAACUGCGAUCCAGAGAUACUGAAAAUUUUAAGGGAGCACUACGGCCGCCCGUACUUUUUGCCCCGAGGGUCGGAAAAUAACGCCGUGGAUUGGGUGUUUAUGGGUGGCACCGGACUAGGAGCACACAUGCAUGUCGACAACGUGCGCUUACCAUCGUGGCAAUCACAACUCAAAGGCUCUAAGGAAUGGAUUCUUGCUCCCCCUCCCGAGUGUUACUACAGCUGCAACUUUCUUUCGGUAGUGGUUCAAACUGGAGACACAAUUGUUCUUGACACUAACAAGUGGUACCACAAGACCAAUGUGCUCUCCGGCGAAAUCAGUAUUACGGUUGGAGCGGAAUAUGACUAAGCAGAGACCUACCUUGAUAUGAUGGUAGUGGCCGGUGGAAACUCGACUAUGUCUU